CAUUGUCUUCAUAAUUGUUUAUAUGGUAAUUUGUACGUCAAUCGUAAAAGACUUGGUCGCUUCUAUUUCAUGCAUCUUUCAAUGGCAUGUAGUUAACCGAUGCUUUGCUGAUGAUCCGGUGACACUUGUGUUGUCUCUAUAACAUCAAACAUACUUGAAUGCAAGGAAAACUAUUCGUUGAUGAGCAUUAUUCAGUGAAAACAGAUUUGGAUGCGAUGGAGGCUAAUUUCUGGGAACGGUGUAUCUCUACCGACAAUCUUUAUAUUGUUUACUACCGUAAUGUUAUAUGCAAUAAUUUGCAGGAUAAAGCCAACGUGCGGAAACAAGAGUCAAUUUGUUGGUCGAUGCAUUGGUCAUCCUUUUCCAAAUUUGAAUCUUCCUCGGUGUAUAGUCUAUGCAACAAAUCAAGUUUCAGUAACCAAUUCGUUGUCUCCUGCGAGACAGACCAGAAGAGUCAUUGAUGAGGCUGGAGCUGCAACGGCAGGUCCUUCGUGAGCGGCACAGCGGAAACCAAGGCCUGCCCGGCGCGGUUCGUGUCUUGUCGUUUCCUUCGCCGCCGCUUCGAAGGACCUCCCGAGUCUUCCUCCACGUAACCGUUGCAAAGCAAUACGUCUACGGAUCACCGAAACGGAACGGAGCUCAAAAUAGACCGAUUCCUCUUUGAUGAGUGGAAUCCCUCCUUUUAGCCUCGCUUCCUGCUCUGUUUCGUUGAGUGGAUUUCGAUUUAUGCUGCUGGGUUUUAGCCUGCUCGGCGGAAAGGAGAGAAGGUUUGGUGAAGACGCCUUCAUGCUUGCUCCUUUACGUCGCUUACGGUGGAGACGGCCGUCGACGGACCCCGACCAUGACGAAAGCUCGGACCUUGCGCAUCUUCUGGACCGACCCUGACGCCACCGACUCAUCCGGAGACGAGGAGUGCGGCGUCUCCGGCCGCCGCGUCGGGCGGCUCGUGAGGGAGAUUGGGCUCGAGCCCUGCCACUCCUUCGGUGACAAGCAGAAGAGGCCGAGGAAGAAGGCCUCCGCCGAACGAGGCAAGAUGGCUCCCGCGCAGACGGGGAGCACCAAGUUCCGCGGCGUCCGGCGGCGACCUUGGGGGAAGUACGCAGCGGAGAUCCGCGACCCGUGGCGCGGCGUCCGCUUGUGGCUCGGGACCUUCGACACCGCCGAGGAGGCCGCCAUGGUCUACGACUGCGCGGCGCGCCAGCUCCGCGGCCCCGGCGCCGCCACCAACUUCUCCACUCCCUCUUCGUCCGCCAUCUCCACUGCCCCCGCUCGACCCCAGGUGGAGGCCAUGCCCACAGUCUCCGGCGGCUACGACUCCCGCGAUGAGUCCCACAGCCUGUCCUCCCCGACGUCCGUCCUCCGAGGGUUCUCCUCAUGCUGCGCCAAAGAAGGCCCAGCCGGGGAGGAGACAAAGGAAGGGAGUGACUUCAACGCAGAGUUCUGGUCUCCGGAGUGCAGGGUGGAGGAGUUUGUACCGUUCGACGAAGCGCCGCUAUAUCACGAUCCAUGGGGUUUCUCAUCGUGGGAGCCGAGGGUUCACGAGGCGAGGACGACACGGGUCGGGUUCUCCGCCUCGGCGGCUGACACGUCGAAUGAGGUCAUGCUCGCGUCCUCCUCGGCGUCGGGUACGGGUUUCGGGACGGUCACGUGGCAAGACGACGACUAUUUUCACGACAUCGGCGAUCUCUUCCCGCUCGAACCCCUCCCCGCCAUAUUCUGAGU